AUUAAAAAAAAAAGCAUGUAUACUUAUAUAAAUGAUAAAAGAGUGACAAAGGAAGAGAAGAUUGGGAUUUGGGUUUGGAGCAUAUUGGGGGUGGCAUUGGGUGAUUGGGCUGAUCCGUCCAAAACAAAAGAAGAGGCUGGCGAGCACAAACUGAUCCACAUGGCACACUGUCUGUCACUGACAAACCACCUUCCACUUUCUUCAUUUCCACCUUCUCAUUCUUCGUCUCCUCCUACCAUUCCCAUGGCUUCCGCUCCUGCUUUUGGAACCGCCGCUGCUGCCGCCGCCGCCGCCGCCUCUUCUCGCCUCCUUCCCUCCGCCGCCAGAGCCACCACUGCUGCAAUCUCCACCUCCUCUUCAUCUUCUUACAAAUGCCUCCGUUCCGCUCCUCUCGUCUCUCAUCUCUUUCUCAACCAGAGAAGAUCGUCUGUCGGCGUUUCCAACAGACGGUUCAACUCGGCGUCUUCUCCGAAAUGCUUUGCUUCCGAUCCGGAGCAGUUGAAGAGUGCUAGAGAAGAUAUCAAGCAGCUCCUCAACUCCAAGUUCUGCCAUCCUCUUUUGGUUCGUUUGGGAUGGCAUGAUGCUGGUACUUAUAACAAGAACAUUGAGGAGUGGCCACAAAAGGGCGGAGCUAAUGGAAGUUUGAGAUUUGAGAUUGAACUCAAACAUGCAGCCAAUGCAGGUCUUGUGAAUGCUUUGAAGCUUCUUCAGCCUAUCAAAGACAAGUAUUCCGGUGUGACAUAUGCUGACUUGUUUCAGUUAGCCAGUGCUACAGCUAUUGAGGAGGCCGGAGGUCCAAAAAUCCCUAUGAAGUAUGGGAGAGUGGAUGUGUCAGGACCUCAGGACUGCCCAGAAGAAGGGAGGCUUCCUGCUGCUGGGCCCCCUUCCCCUGCUAGUCAUCUGAGGGAUGUUUUCUACAGAAUGGGUUUCGAUGACAAGGAAAUUGUUGCUUUAUCUGGUGCACACACUCUGGGGAGGUCCAGACCAGAGCGCAGUGGCUGGGGCAAGCAGGAGACAAAGUAUACGAAAGAUGGACCUGGAGCACCAGGAGGACAGUCUUGGACAGUGAAAUGGUUGAAGUUUGAUAAUUCCUACUUCAAGGAUAUCAAGGAAAGAAGGGAUGAAGAUCUACUGGUGUUGCCAACUGAUGCUGUUCUUUUUGAAGAUCCAUCAUUCAAGGUGUAUGCUGAGAAAUAUGCAGAAGAUCAGGAAGCAUUCUUCAAGGAUUAUGCUGAAGCCCAUGCAAAACUUAGCAACCUUGGUGCCAAAUUCGAUCCUCCAGAGGGUAUUGUGAUUGAUGAUGGUCCUUCAAACACUGCUCCGGAGAAGUUCGUGGCUGCAAAGUACUCCACUGGGAAGGAUUAAAAAAACAAGUGUCAUGUUUGCUUGUGCCGUGUGUUUUAAUAAUACAAGAUGAAGCUUUUUUCAAAUCCUGUGAACUCACAACUUAAAAUAGGAAGUCUUAAAUGAAGAGGAAAGAAUAAAAUUCAAUAGUAUUACCUAUGUGAAUUGCAGAGAGAGCUGUCAGAGAAUAUGAAGCAGAAGAUUCGAGCAGAGUAUGAAGCUGUUGGUGGAAGCCCAGAUAAGCCUCUACAGUCAAACUAUUUUCUAAAUAUCAUGAUUGUGAUUGCUGUCUUGGCAUUUUUGACAUCACUGUUUGGAAAUUAGAUAUUGAGAUUUUCUUAUUACUAAAUCAGUUUGCAGUUUAAUUAAAUGGAGUUUUUUGCUCAA